AUGGCGAAUGGAGUUGCAGGUGGCACGCGCGGUGCCAGCCAGGGUGGCGACCCCUGGACGUGCCACUCGCGUGCCGCUAGCUACGCCAACAUGGCAUGGCGCACGGAGUGCAGGCUCUGCAAGGCGGCGAGGCCGCCACGCGGCGCUGGCACGAUCGGCGAGGCCAUCAACAAGGCCAAGGCGAAGGCCAAGGCCAAGGGGAAGGAGAAGGUCGUGGCGAAGCGCGUGCGCUUCGCCUCGGACGCGCCUGGGCCUGCCGCCGCCGCGGCCACGCCGGCGCCGCGGGCGCAGGGCGCGGCCAAGCGGGAGGCGGAGGAGCGGCCCAGCGGCAGCGGCGGCAAGGACGAGGAGGUUCGCCAGGCCCUCCUCCGCCACUUUGGCCCCAGGGAAGGCUGGUCGGCGGCCCUGGUCCUGGACUUCGGGGCCCUGGUGCCUGUGGUGGACGCGCCGCCGCCAGCGAAGCCCUUGGCCGAGCUGUCGCUCCAGGCACUCCUGGCCAGGGAGGCGAAGAUCAAGGGCCAGGUCAGCCGUGCGGAGGCUGCGCUGGCGGCCGUCCAGGAGGAGCAGGCGGCCGUCGCGGUCCGCGUGGCGGAGCAGGCAGACGUCCUCCAGAAGCGGCGCGACCAGCUGGAGGAGGUGGCCGAGGCCGUGCGCGCGAGGAAGCGCGCUGACCUGGAGCAGCACAAGGGGCCGUCGCCCAUGGAGGUGGGCGAGCCUGUGGAGGCCGAAGACUGCCUGGGCAAGGUGCUGCUCAAGGGCCUCGAGGGCCUCGAGGCGGAGCGGGAGCGGGUCCUCUUGCUCGGGGAGGAGGGCGGCGCCCUGCUCGCGAUGGCCGCCGAGGCCCGCAGCCUCGCGGAGAAGCUCGCCGCCGCCGACGCCCGUGCUCGUGAGGCAGCGGCGGCCGAGCGGGCCCGCGUGGCUGCAGCCGCGGCUGAGAGGGUGGCCGAGGCGCAGGAGGCCGCCCCCGCGGCUGAUGGCAGUGAUGAUGGCGCUGAUGGUCCUCCUGGGGACCGCAAGCGCGUCGGCGACCUCGACCUCGGCCCCGAGCUCGUCGGGCUCGACGCCGUGUUCGACGAGGUGGGCAUGGAGGACGAGCAGCAGCGCGCAGCCUGGCGCGCAGCGCUGGCCAAGCGCCAGCUAGCGCUGGUCGAGUGGCUGCACGACGACGUGGGGCGGCUGCCUGCGGUGCUCUGCCCCCAAGAGCAUCGCCUCGAGGGUAAGCAGGCGAUGGCCCGCGCUGCGGGCUGGAUGCAGGCGCGCGGCUUCAGCUGGCAUGGCCAGGCAGCGCUGCCGACGGGCUCAGGGCCGCUGGAGAGCUCGGGCGGAGUGGCCGUGGCCACGCUGCGGCCGUCGGCGGCCGCCGCCGCGCCAGGGCCCCGUGCCCAUCGGUUCCAGGUGUGCGAGGUGAACCUGGGGUUCCGGGAGCCGUGCCGCGUCAUCUCGGCCUACUUCAUCACGAAGUUAGGCAGGGCGAAGGAGAACAUCGGGCUCCUGGCAGCGCUGCACGAGCACGUGGGGCAGCUGGAGUCGCCGUGGGUCGUGAUGGGCGACUGUAACAUGGAGCCCGUGGACGUCCGUGAGUGGGCGCGCAGCGCAGGCGGUGCGCUCGUGGGCCCAGAGGAGCCGACCUGCGGCUCGAAGGUCUUUGACUUCGCGGUGGUCAGCAGGGUCCUCACGGGCUUUGUGGACGUGGCCGAGGUGCUGCUGAGGGCGCCGACGAAGGACCACGUGCCGUUCAAGAUGGUGCUCCGCGGCGUAGGGCCAGAGGCGAAGGGAGGGCAGUCGCUCAAGGAGGGCUGCCAGGAGUGGUUCGAGGCGGUCGAGGCCUACCUGAUCGACCUCCACGAGAUCGCGCCGCCCAGCCGCUGGAAGGGGCGCGCGGGCGGGCUACGCACGCAGAGGGUCGUGAUGGAGGUAGCCUGGAAGCAGGACUGCAAGGAGCGUCGGCGCUGCCUGCAGGCGCUGGAUGUCGUUCGCGGCGGCAUGCGCCCGCUGGCGCUGGCAGGGCUGUCGGCGGCCCGCGUGAUGAGCUUGCUCAGCUCCUCCUCGUGCCAGCUGACGGUGCAGUUCGUCCAGGAGGAGGCGAAGCGGCGCUGGAGGCUGGACAAGCAGCGGAAGGCCGCGGAGUGGCGCGCCCGGGCCCAGGCCGCGGCCAUCGAGAAGGGCGGCUCGGCGGCCUACCGCUUCAUCAAGCAGGUCGCGGUGGCGCCCACGGAGGUGCUCGCGGGCGUGGACGGCAGCGACGACCUGCGCACGCCCGUCGCGGGCGAGGCUGCAGUGGCUGCGCUGCUGGAGGCGUGGCAGCCGCUCUGGGUCAAGCCGUCGCGUGCUGGCGAGGCGGCGCCUGAGAACUGA